AUGUGGUUGGUUUAUGUGGUUCCAUGUAUAGAUUGUGAGGAUGAUGAUAAGGAUGAAGAAGAAGAUGAUGAUAAGAAUGAAGAAGAUGAUGAUAUUGUGGAAGAGGAUGAUGAUAAGGAUGAAGAAGAAGAUGAUGAUAAGGAUGAAGAAGAUGAUGAUAUUGUUGAAGAGGAUGAUGAUAAGGAUGAGGAAGAAGAUGAUGAUAAAGAUGAAGAAGAUGAUGAUAUUGUUGAAGAAGAUGAUGAUAUCCUCGAAGAGGAUGAUGAUAUUGUUGAAGAAACUGAUGAUAAGGAUGAAGAAGAUGAUGCUAUUGUUGAAGAAGAUGAUGAUAAGGAUGAAGAAUAUGAGGAUAUUGUUGAAGAAGAAGAUGAUGAUAAGGAUGAAGAAGAUGAUGAUAUUGUUGAAGAGGAUGAUGAUAAGGAUGAGGAAGAAGAUGAUGAUAAAGAUGAAGAAUAUGAUGAUAUUGUUGAAGAAGAUGAUGAUAUCCUCGAAGAAGAUGAUGAUUUUGUUGAAGAAGCUGAUGAUAAGGAUGAAGAAGAUGAUGCUAUUGUUGAAGAAGCUGAUGAUAAGGAUGAAGAAGAUAACGCUAUUGUUGAAGAAGAUGAUGAUAAGGAUGAAGAAGAUGAUGCUAUUGUUGAAGAAGAUGAUGAUAAGGAUGAAGAAUAUGAGGAUAUUGUUGAAGAAGAUGAUGAUAUUAUUGAAGAGGAUAAUAAGAAUGAAGAAGAAGAUAAUGAUAUUGUUGAAGAAGAUGAUGAUAUUAUUAAAGAGGAUGAUGAUAUUGUUGAAGAAGAUGAUGAUAUUGUUUAA